CAAUUCUCCUUCUGCAGUGUGCGAAUUGAGCGAUGACGUCGGGGUCGAGAAUGCCGACGUGGAAGGAGAGGGAGAACAACAAGAAGAGAGAGCGGCGGAGGAGGGCGAUCGCGGCCAAGAUCUACUCCGGCCUCAGGAUGUACGGAAACUACAAGCUCCCCAAGCACUGCGACAACAACGAGGUCCUCAAAGCACUCUGCGACGAAGCUGGGUGGUCCGUCGAAGAAGACGGAACCACUUACAGAAAGGGUUGCAGACCAGUUGGAAGAACGGACAUAAUGGGAGGAGGAGGUUCAACAUCAGCAAGCCCCUGUUCAUCAUACCAGCCAAGUCCCGCCUCAUCUUCUUUCCCCAGCCCCAUCUCCUCCCACUACGCUGCCGCUGCCGCGGCGGCCGGCGACGCCAAUUCCCUAAUCCCCUGGCUCAAAAACCUCUCAUCCAGCUCAUCUUCAACCUCCUCCAAAACCAACCACCACCCUCACAACCUCUACAUCCACACAGGCUCCAUAAGCGCACCGGUCACUCCACCGCUGAGCUCACCAACAGUCCGAACUCCGCGCAAGCGGAGCAUCAACAGCGACUGGGACGAUUACGCCGCCGGUGGCGAGCAGAACUACCCCUACAUUCCUUCCUCGAUGCCUUCAUCCACCCCGCAGAGCCCCAGUCGCCAGCCCGAUUCGGGCUGGCUGCAGAGCGGGCCGUCGUCCCCGACGUUCAGCCUCGUGUCCCCGAACCCUUUCGGGUUCAGGGACGAGCCGCUGUCCGGUGCAGGGUCGAGAAUGUGGACGCCUGGGCAGAGCGGGACGUGUUCCCCUGCCGUGUUCGAUCACACCGCGGAUGUCCCCAUGGCGGACAGCUGCAUGGCGGCGGAGUUUGCUUUUGGGAGCGGUAGCAAUGCUGGUGCUGGUAGGUUGGUUAAGGCUUGGGAAGGCGAGCGGAUACACGAGGAGUUGAUCUCCGAUGAUCUUGAGCUCACGCUCGGCAGCUCCAAGACUAGGUGAGAUGAUACAUGGAAGAAAGAACUCAGGAAGAAGCUUUCCCGCCCUUUUGUUUUGAAACGUUGUGGUGUGAUAUUCAUAGCUUCAGGCUGCAGGUCAAAUGUGUAAUUGAGUUGAAGGUAGAGUUACUCUCAUCAUUCCUUGGUCCAGUAUCAGUUUCUUCUGAUCCAGUCUUCCCUAGGCUUUCUUCCCUUACCAUUCACAUCAGCAUGCUUAAGAUUUUCAAGUCUUCCAUUAUCCUAUAUAUAAUCAAAUUCGACGAAACUAAG